UCAUUGAGCUAAGGGCUACAAGCGACCGAGGUUUUCUUCUUCUGUAUAACGGUGGGAAUUAGGGAAGAGGCAAAGAGGGUCACAGGCACCAAGUUAUCUUGUGUUGCAUAGAUUUCCAUUCUACCUCUUCAUCAACGAAUUAGAAGGAAAUAUGGAGUCUUUGAAGAGGAAGUCAUUGGAGGGCACAAUGGAGGAUACCGAGUCUCCGCCACUGAAACAACAUAGAGAGAAUGAUUUGGUAGGUUUGGAUGGCUCUGUCGCAUGUGUGCACGAUGUGUCAUAUCCUCAAGGGUACGUGCCUCGUGUGUUAAAUUCCACCAUGGCAACCCAAGAAGAUGCAAAACCAGCUAAGGAGUUUCCAUUCAAGCUUGACCCUUUUCAGUCCGAAGCCAUCAGAUGCAUCCACCAUGGCGAGUCAGUCAUGGUCUCAGCGCACACAUCUGCGGGUAAGACAGUUGUGGCAUUAUAUGCUAUUGCCAUGUCGCUGCAGAACAAGCAACGUGUUAUAUAUACAUCACCAAUCAAAGCUCUCAGCAACCAGAAGUACAGAGAGUUCAAAGAAGAGUAUUCAGAUGUGGGGUUGAUGACAGGUGAUGUCACAAUUGAUCCCAACGCCUCUUGCUUGGUGAUGACAACAGAGAUCUGGCGAAGCAUGCAGUACAAAGGAUCGGAGGUUAUAAGGGAGGUGGCGUGGAUUAUUUUUGAUGAGGUGCAUUACAUGCGAGACAGAGAGAGAGGUGUUGUAUGGGAAGAGAGUAUUGUAAUGGCCCCAAAGAACUCUAGAUUUGUUUUCCUCUCUGCUACAGUGCCCAAUGCAAAGGAGUUUGCUGAUUGGGUUGCAAAGGUCCACCAGCAACCAUGUCAUAUUGUUUAUACUGAUUACCGACCAACACCCCUUCAACAUUAUAUCUUCCCUUCGGGGGGCAGUGGUCUGUAUUUAGCUGUUGAUGAAAAAGGAAAGUUUCGAGAGGAUAGCUUUCAGAAAGCUUUAAAUGCGCUCUCUCCCAUCACUGAAGGUGACAGAAAAAGAGAGAAUGGAAAAUGGCAGAAAGGGUUAGUUGUUGGUAAAGCAGGCGAGGAUAGUGACAUAUUUAAAAUGGUGAAAAUGAUUAUUCAGCGUCAGUAUGAUCCAGUCAUAUGUUUCAGCUUCAGCAAAAUGGAAUGUGAAUCACUUGCCAUGCAGAUGGCUAAAAUGGAUCUAAACGAUGACAAUGAGAAAGUGAACGUUGAAACCAUUUUCUGGAGUGCCAUGGACAUGCUAUCAGAUGAUGAUAAGAAGUUGCCUCAGGUAUCAAAUUUGCUGCCUAUAUUAAAACGAGGAAUCGGCGUGCAUCAUUCUGGAUUACUUCCCAUACUGAAGGAAGUCAUUGAAAUCCUAUUCCAGGAAGGAUUCAUCAAGUGUUUAUUUGCCACAGAGACCUUCAGCAUAGGAUUGAACAUGCCAGCAAAAACUGUCGUCUUCACUAAUGUUCGCAAAUUUGAUGGCAAUAAAUUUAGAUGGAUAUCCAGCGGAGAGUACAUACAGAUGAGUGGUCGGGCUGGUCGUCGAGGAAUUGAUGAACGUGGUAUCUGCAUUCUCAUGGUUGAUGAGAAGCUAGAACCUUCUACAGCUAAAAUGAUGUUAAAAGGAAGUGCUGAUCCUUUGAAUAGCGCAUUUCAUUUAAGCUACAACAUGCUUCUGAAUCAAAUUCGAUCUGAAGAUGGUGAUCCUGAAAAUUUACUCCGUAAUUCAUUUUAUCAAUUUCAAGCAGACCGAGCUAUUCCUGAUCUUGAGAAACAAGCAAAAGUUCUUGAAGAGGAAAGGGAUUCAAUUAUAAUUGAAGAAGAAGAUAGCUUGGAAAAUUAUUACUCUCUGCUACAACAAUAUAAAAUUUUGAAGAAGGAUGUCCGUGAUAUUGUAUUCUCUCCAAAAUACUGUUUACCCUUUCUACAGCCAGGAAGGCUUGUAUGCAUUCAAUGUACAAAGAAUGAUGAGUCUUCCUCAUCAUUCUCAAUCAAGGAUGAGGUCACAUGGGGGGUUAUAAUCAAUUUUGAAAGGGUUACAGGGCUUUCUGAAGAUGAUGUGAAUAAAAAGGCAGAGGAUGCGAACUAUACAGUGGACGUUCUCACGAGAUGUAGAGUGCAUAAAGACGAAGUGGCUAAAAAAAUAAUCAAGAUCGUCCCACUGAAGGACCCUGGAGAACCAGCUGUUAUUUCUGUUCCUAUUUCGCAGAUUGACAGUUUAAGUAGUGUUCGGUUAAUAAUACCAAAAGAUCUUUUGCCAUUGGAAGCUCGAGAAAAUACACUCAAGAAAGUGUCUGAAGUUCUCUCCAGAUUUGCAAAAGGAGGCUUACCUCUCUUAGAUCCUGAAGAUGACAUGAAAGUUCAAAGCGGCUCAUUUAAGAAGGCAGUACGAAGGAUAGAAGCCUUGGAGAACCUGUUUGAAAAGCAUGAAAUUGCAAAGUCUCUGCUGAUUGAGCAAAAGCUCACAGUUCUGCACAAAAAAAAGGAACUUACAGCCAAAAUCAAAUCAAUAAGGAAAACAAUGCGUUCUUCAUCAGCCUUGGCUUUCAAAGAUGAACUGAAAGCAAGGAAAAGAGUACUGAGGAGACUCGGAUACAUUACAAGUGAUGAUGUUGUGGAGUUAAAGGGGAAAGUUGCAUGUGAAAUCAGCAGUGCAGAUGAAUUAACACUGACCGAGCUCAUGUUUAGUGGGGUUUUGAAGGACAUGAAGGUGGAGGAGAUGGUAGCACUUCUUUCAUGUUUUGUAUGGCAAGAAAAGCUUCUGGGUGCUACAAAGCCUGGAGAGGAACUUGAGUUACUUUUGACUCAACUUCAUGAUAUAGCUCGGAGAGUUGCUAAAGUUCAGCUUGAGUGCAAGGUUCAGAUUGAUGUUGAGAAUUUCGUAAGUUCUUUCAGAUGUGAUAUCAUGCAGGCUGUGUAUGACUGGGCCAAGGGAUCCAAAUUUUCCACAAUCAUGCAAUUUGCACAGGUUUUCGAAGGCAGCUUGAUCAGGGCAAUCCGGAGACUGGAGGAAGUUCUUCAGCAGCUAAUACAAGCAGCGAAAUCCAUUGGUGAGACACACCUUGAAGCGAAAUUUGAAGAGGCCAUCACCAAAAUCAAGAGGGAUAUAGUCUUUGCAGCAUCUUUGUACUUAUAGGCUAAAUCUUGUUUGCUGGUUGAGCUUUUUGGUAUUAUAAUGGUUGCAGGAAGAGAAUCUGGAAUCUUAUCUAAUCAGCUGGGAAAAUGCUCACAGGGAGAGUUUUAUGGAAAGAAGGAAGAAAGAUCAUUGUCUUGUUUUCAAGGAUGGGGUCUACCUGUUUGUGAAAUUAACUUUAUUUGUGACAAUUUUGUCUUCUGCGUCCUGGACGAUGAUUGAUGAAAGGUCAAAAGUCAGGAUAAUCUUCAAGCAGAGAGAGCGAGAGAGAGAGAGAGAGAGAGAGGCUAAGUUAAUCGUUACAUAGGUUAGCAUAGUUUAAACGGCUUUUAGUAUAUUGUAUCAUCCAAUAAUUUAUUUUAGAUUUUUGAUCUGCUGGAGUGCAGAUUCUCAAUUUCUAACUAGAAUUGUUAUACGUACUACAUGCAAAAUAUUGUGUGCGUUUUGGACC